UUGUUUAGCUAAUUGGUUAACAGUAAAAAGUAAUUGCCCAAUGUGCCAAACUAAACUGCGAAAUGAUGACUUUGAUGAACAUGAGCCCUUACUGAGAAGUUACCGUAUCGACGUUUGAUUGGCGAUAUACCCAGAAGACACCAACAUGAUAUGUUCAUAUAACUUCUUUUUGUUCAUGAUAUGCGUGACUCAAUUUUUGUGUAUUUUGUUUUUGUUAAAAACCAAAACUGAUCAAUUUGAUGAAAUAUUUGAAGUACUGCAAAGUCACUACUUACUCGAUGGCCUUAAUUUGUUAAGGUAUGGUAAAUCAGUAAAUAAAACUCAACCACAGAUUUUUAAUAUGUCCAGUAGUGUAUUUUGUUUUGGAGAGCUUAUGAAGGACCGUGAAUGUCGAUUUCAAAAUUUGUGCUAUCGUAAAGACACAAGUGAGUACAUUUUUCUUCAUGGUGCAGAGACUCGUUUAUACGGAUUGGAACAUGCAAGAAAUGACCCAGCACUUGUUGACUUGUCAAGUGUUGUUAAUCAUACUGCUAAAUAUUUUACUUACACCAAAAUUCAUUCACCUUCUCUUAAUUUUGUUGAUUUGGAGUAUGUCACAGGACCUAGUGUCCUCUUUCAUCGGUUUAAUCCAGAAAAUUUGAUGCAUGUUUUACACGACGAUUUAAUACCCCUGUAUCACACACAAAGGAAACAUUUUCCAACAAGCAAAGAUGAUGUUACAUAUAUUAUAAUGGAUGGACGUCCGGAUGGACCAUUUUAUGACCUUUACAAAAUGUUGUUGCCCCGGAUAAAAUUAAAAAAACAUUUUAAUAAAACGCUGACUUGUUUUGAAGAUGUUAUUGUGGGGGUUAGUAAGACUACUACUUGGUAUCACUAUGGGUUUCGGACACCACAGGGUCCAAUUAAUCGGACAUUUUUUCCUUCAACUGAGAUUUCUUAUUUUCGAAAUGACUUUAAACUUAAAAUAGGUUCAGGAAAUAUUCCAGCACCUGAACAGCUUUCAAAAUAUAUUGUGUUGUUCUCAAGAAGUUUAACUCGUAAAAUUGUGAAUGAAGUAAAGUUUAUGAUGAAACUUUCAAAACAUUACAAAGCGCCUGUUCAUGUUGUAAACUUAGAAACUGACCCUUUGAGUCACAUAGUGUCAUUGGUAUCGCAUGCACAUAUGGUAAUUGGCGUUCACGGAGCACACUUAAUCACCAGUCUCUUUAUGCAACCUUCAAGCAUUUUAAUUGAAAUAUUUCCUUUUGGCGUACCUGCAGUAAAUUACACUCCAUACAAAACGCUCGCCAACUUGGUUCGAAUGACUUACAUAGCAUGGGAGAAUAAGAAUGAGAAGAACACAGUGACGCAUGAAGACUGGUCAAGCGACUAUGGAGGUAUUACUACUUUCUCAAACACCAUUCAAGAUGAUAUUAUUAAUACUAAGGUGGUGCCCUUGCAUAUAUGUUGUAAGAAUCCGUACUGGCUAUUCCGAAUAUAUCAAGAUACGAUCGUUGAUGUAGACGAUUUUAUCAAUGCUGUCGAUAGUAAAGUGGAUGGCAAAAAUAGGAAUGAGAGUCCACUUUGACAGCGACUGCACUGUACCUAGUGUUUAUUCAAAUUAAUUAUACUACGAUGGUUGGUUUAAAUUUAGUUUUUAUACCAUAUAUGGAGUAAUCACGCAUAGUUCACAGGUUGGCCACACAUAAUCCAUACACCUCCUAAAAUCUUUUAAAUAACGUAACACUCGUAUACGUUUUUUUGUCACGCAAAACGGUACCGCAAGUAGCGAGACACUGCAAUGCCUUACGAAAAGUACAGGCAAAGCCGUGGAUUUUUCCACGCGUCACCUACUAGUCUUCUUAAUAAUCUAAUUAAUACUGACAAAAAAAAAUUGUUUUUAAAAAUAGUUUUUAUUAUUACAUUUUGCUAUUUUUUUCCUGUACUUUCUUUGAUAACAUGUUAUAACGAAUAGGGCAUAAUUUUAACCUUGCAACAGGAGUGAUGGAUUAGAUUUUGAAACUGCAGAUUACGUAUAAAUUGAACAGCCUCUCUGGUAUUCAAAAAAGAUAAGUAAAAAAAGAAUAACUCUUAACUUUUUCCUAAAAGUUUGGUAAAAUCUCCUAAUACAUGUUACGGGUUUAAAUUUUGAUACCAAAACCUAAAAUCUUCUUAAAUUAUUCUGCAAUUAUAAAAUUUUAUAGCUGUGGCCAUCCUGGUUUAUUAUAAAUGAUUGCAUUAUUCGUAUCAUUUUCAUGCAAUGGGUCCUGUCUUUUGCGCAUGCUACAACGUGAUACUACCACGUGAUGCAGUUUGUUUUUAGUUCAAUCUAUUGAAUAAGUGCGAAUAAGGUAUACAAGAAAUCACUCGGGUAACGACAACUUUUGUCAUAUAGGAUUUUAGUAAUACAUAUUUAACACUUAAUUAAAAUUUUGUAAAAUAUUUUUUAUGUUAAAUAAAAUCGUGUUAUAUUUUUGUAUACUAACUUUCAAAAUGUUUUAAAGCUAGUUUUUUAACGUGGUUAUACGUUUCUUUGCACUUUAUAUUGUGUCAUUCAAAAAGGGAGAGCGGUUCUGUAGUUUCUUCAUUGUGGAGCUUUAUUUACAAUUUUGUUAUUGACACCGUGUGUACAAACAUGGAAAAGAGAAUGCAGGGUGUCGUGGAACUACGCUUAAAAUUGUUUAAUUUAUUUUUGAGUAUUUUUAGUUAUGUUUUGAUGUUUCGACUUGGACCGUCCUUCUUCUGUUGACAUUUUUUUUAUCUUCUUUACCUACAGAACACUGAGGAUUAGGGUUUUGGAUUGUUUAUUACAAGAUCCUAAUCGCCUGUGUUUGUGCCAUUUUCGUGAAUAAAUAAGUUUGCGCUGUGAUUUUAUCAGAUGAAAGUUUUUUUUUAAUUAUGCUUUUAACCUUAAACAUGUUUUUUGUAAACAUGGAUACAUGUGGAAGUGGAAAUGUACAUCUCUAAAUAAAAGCGGAAGAAAUUUUUUCAUUUUAUUGUA